UAUGUAUCAUAGGGUGAACUCGAACUCGGGUGGAUCUAUAAAACAGCUUUGCUAUUUACUGUUUCCAGUUAUCUUUGGUCAGACGGAAACGGAGGUCAGUCUUCCCUUCAGAAAGUUUUUGGUAGUGAGACAAGUCUUUGAAGUUGUCAAGACCGGCUGAAAAUCUUUUGAUUUUUUUUUUAUAAGGCGGUAAUGAUAAGAGCUCACUUACCUCUGGUUGCUGACAACGGAUUAUUUUCAACAGUUUAUAAACCGAAACUUUGUUAAGAUUCCCUUAUUCUUCACGGCGGCGCACUAUGGGCGAUGGGGAUUUCUACACGUUGGGGAGCAGGCAAAGGGGACCUAGGGAUCCGUUCAGAGAGCAGUCUCUGGCGUCUCGCUUUAUGGAGGACGACUUUGGAAUUCCCUUCCCCGAAGACCUCUCAAUGGACUGGCCUGGCUGGGCACGGCCGCGACUGAGUACCCGACUCAACGCUCCCUGGACGGGUGGCCUGCGCACGGCGGGGUUCCCCCGCACAUCCAUGGGGUCGCCUACGGUCUACAGCUCACGGUACAGCGAGCCCCGCAGCUCGCCGACGCCGAACCCCGACGAGCCCUGGAAAGUGUGCGUGAAUGUGCAUAGCUUCCAACCCGAGGAGCUAAACGUCAAAACUAAGGACGGUUUUGUAGAAGUGUCAGGGAAACAUGAAGAGAAGCAAGACGAGGGAGGCAUCGUGACUAAAAACUUCACAAAGAAAAUUCAGAUCCCGGCAGAUGUUGACCCUCUCACAGUGUUCGCCUCACUCUCCCCCGAGGGGGUGCUCAUCAUCGAGGCGCGCCAGACGCCACCAUAUUACCUCUACAGCAGUGAGAUGCCCAGGGACGAGCCCAUGGCGGGGUCGGCAGCGGCGCCGAUGGCAGCUGAAGCAGAACCCAAACCCCAGGAGGCCACCGUAGCGUAACUCGCCAAACAUCACCGUGCCCCCGUGCAGUAUUAAAGGCCAUCCAGCUAAUCCAAUAGAUGUUUUUCCCUCCCUCCCUCCCUCCCUUCCAUCUCUCUCUCUCUCUUAGUCUGUCGUUUCCCCUUUGGCUGGGGGUUAGUCCCUCUGCGUGAGGUGAAUGGCUGUCUUAUGAGCUCUGUGCCCGAGUACCUUACACACAACCUUUUGAUCCUCGCCGAAGAAGUCGCAUAGCCUCAAGCCCACUUAUGUCUGGAUUGGAUUGGCGCUAUAGGUUUUCCCUUUUUUUUAGUUUACCAACUGGGUAUUUUGACUUCUGACAUACGCUUUUUAGACGUUUUUAAACAUCAAAUGGGCUUCAUUAUGAGGUGGACUGAAAGAAACAUGGGUUCUGAAACAUACAGUGAAAUAUUACAUUACUUGUGGGAUGUGUUAUAUGUGACUCUACGGCGAAACCAGUCCAAACGGUCAAUGUUUCAAAUGGAGUUAUUGUGUUUUCAUGAAAGACCAUAACACAAACCUUCAAAUGACACUAUCUGGUGUGACACUACAGUAUCUGGCCCUCUGUUUGGAGGAGCUGUACCAAGGAUUACGUGUCAGUGGACUUGCAUUCGCUGUCAGGCACUUCAUGUCAUGUCUGUUGCCAUUAUGUGUUACAACAGAAUUUUUAAUGUUGCUACCAUGGGCGGUUUUGAUCAGUUUGUCAAGUGCAAAUAAAGUGUUGUUGCGCUUAAGUCUAAUCUAAGUCUAUACUAAUUUGACCUAUUAGCUAGCCUAUAACAUUAAAAGUCACACCGUAAGAACACCGUAAACCUAAUGAUAGCAUAAAAAAAGCAUCAUGACACCAUCUCAAAAAAAUUCUACAUAUCCUAAAACAGCAACAUGCGAUAUCAGACUGGUUUUCUGUGGAGAGUCACAUAUAGUCAUUGGGGUUCCUUCAGAACUAGUAGGUUGUAUGUGUCACUGUUAGGGUCUACUAUCACUGGUGCUCACAAAGGUUUGUUGUGGGCACAGAAAAUACUUUUGA